AUCGCCGAGGGAGGACUGAAAAAGAAAAAAAAUGAGUCUCCCGGUGACGUCGCGAUCCAGAAAAGUGUUUUUGAUGGGAAAAUCAAAACGAAAGGUGAUGGCACACAAAUGAGUCCCUCAAGAGUCUAAGCGUUAGAAUUUUAUUGUACGAACCUUAUGGACUUCCACAAUGAUCAGUGGAUUUUUCAUCACCCUUGCUUCCGGUCAUUUUUGAUUUGUUACGCUCAUCUUGGUUUGUCAAAUUGCCACAUUCGGAGAAUGCAUAGGUGUGACAUCUUUAUCUGGAAGAGAGCAUGAAUUGCCUUUGAAAAGAAUGCUGAACUGGUAUUUACUGUUUAUGACCAUUUGCUACCUGGACGGACAAUCCGUUUUCAAGUUCUUCCUAUAGUAUUUCCUCAACUAUGAGAUUCUUUACCUCAUCUCGUCCAACCAUUAUUUCAUCUGUUAUUGCUUUGUACGUGCUUGGUUUCGUCAUUUUUGUUUGGAAUCUGAGAAAGGGGUUUUUGAAAUUCCAAUUCGCGUCUCUCUGCGUCACGCACAUGGUUUAACUACUGGUCAUUUUCUAAGCACAUCUCAUGUUCAACAAUGUGUUGAAUGGUCUCAUUUGGUUUUCACCUCUUUGUGGACUUCUCAUUCUGAAUGACGUUUGUGCUUGUGUGGAAUCACUUUUGGUCGCGUCAAGCUAAUAAAAAAAUCACCAAAGAAGACUCUCGAAGGGUUUAUGGCGGAUUAUGGGUGCAUUAUUUUUUAUCGCUUUGAUCCGUAUAGUACCGACAGGACUAUAAACUCCUUUCACAAAUAUGACCUGCCCUGUUCAAGAUAUAAAGACCAACUUCUUCACACCGCUUACAUGCGAACUUGACCCAGUUUUCAUUCCACAGGACUACAGAGCACCGCUGAUCAUUUUCGAAAAAAUUGGGAUGAGUAUUAUCACGAUCAGACCCAUUUAUGUGCACGCGAUGAACUUGGCCACUUUUGCUUCACUAUUCGCACCUUUUGGGGGAUUUUUUGCUUCCGGACUUAAGAGAACGUUCAAAAAUCAAAGAUGUCGAACGUUCGAUCCCCGGUCACGGGGGUAUCACCGAUAG